CGUCAAUAAUGUCAAUUUUUCCAAUUUUACUUGACAAAUCCAUACAGAAAACGAGAGGCUGCUAAUUUAAAUUCAAUUGUAUAGUAAUAGUUUUAUAAAUUAUUUCGUGAUGAAAUACGUCUCAGUUAGUUUGAUAUUAACUUUAAUAUUUGCUGGAUAUGUUUUUAAUACGAUAUGGACUCUAGCCGAAAUAUUCAUCCCGCCCGAAUGUAGUCGUGGUGAACGAUGUUUUAGUUCCUAUUUAGCUUCAGAUCCAGUCCAGCAUUUAGUUCUUUAUACCUCUGUUAGAGAACAUCCGCACGAUGGUGAUCCCGCCUCAGAAGGGUUGACAAAAGUACAUACUUCGGUGAAUUUCGACUACCGGAAUCCGGCUUCUAUUGAUAUCACAUUGAAAAUCCCUCGCAGAACCCGCAAUAAUGGCACGUUGUUCAUGCAUGUGGUUCUCCUUGAUGAAGACCGGUUGUACAAGCAGUUCGAUGAAAUCCUUAGAACAGAAACAUUGCAUACAUUGCCACUGAUCACAUUUAUUGAACCACAGGCUGCCACAUUUAAUUUAUUAAAUAAAAAUAAUGAAGAGAAAAAACCAAAGGUUCAAAAUGUAAAGCCCAUAGCUCAUAUAAACACCAUCGUUCCUCUGUCUGUUUUAACAGACAACUUAAAUCUUCCAGCUAACAAAAUACCUGGGGAAUUGUACUCUUACAUAAGGUUACGUAACCGUAAGUUCUUGCCGAUUAUUCAGCACAAUGUUCUGAAAUCUCGACUGUCAAACCUUCAGCCAUUAAACAGCAGCAGUUCUGAAGUGAAUAUAACUGUCAGUGUGUCACCGUCCUCAUAUGGCUCCCUACGUCUGGCCCUACAUGUCCGCUUGGCUUUGGAACAACUACAUAACCUAGGAUUUAGCGACAAAGAUGUUGAUGAUGUUAAAGGGAUCUUUGCUGAUACCAAUCUGUACCUGCUGUCUGCAACACUUUUGAUUGCUAGUUGUCAUUUGCUGUUCGACUUCCUGUCAUUCAAGAACGAUGUGUCAUUCUGGCGAAGCAAGCGCUCCCUGGGCGGGCUGUCUACUCGCACCGUGCUGUGGCGCGCGUUCUCACAGCUCGUUAUAUUCUUCUACUUGGUGGACGAGCACACGUCGCUGCUGGUGCUGGUGCCGGCCGGCGUCAGCGCGGUCAUUGAGCUAUGGAAGGUGACGAAGAUCCUCCACGUGCGCGUCUCCUGGUCGGGCUGGCGGCCUCGCGUGUGGCGUGACGUGCCGGACGCGGCCGAGCGCAGCACCGCCGCCGCCGACGCCGAGGCCAUGAAGUACCUAUCCAUGCUGCUGUACCCGCUGUGUCUGGCCGGCGCGGUUUAUUCGCUGCUUUACGAGCCCCACAAGAGUUGGUACUCGUGGGCGCUCCACAGCGUCGUGAACGGCGUGUACGCGUUCGGGUUCCUCUUCAUGCUGCCCCAACUCUUCGUCAACUACCGACUGCGCUCCGUGGCGGCCCUGCCGUGGCGCGCCUUCAUGUACAAGGCGUUCAACACCUUCAUUGAUGACGUGUUUGCUUUUAUAAUCACUAUGCCGACUGCGCAUAGAGUGGCUUGCUUCAGAGAUGACUUGGUGUUCCUCGUGUACUUGUACCAGCGAUGGUUAUACCCGGUGGACAAGUCGCGAACAGACUCGGCUGUCAGCAUGGACGAGAGCCCCGAGGAGUUGGAGCCGCUGAAAGAAAAAGCCGAAUAAGGUUUAUUAGUCCUAACAGUCCAUGAGAUGUUUAAAAAAUCA